CUCUCAUUUCUCAACUCUUAUUUCAUUAUGGAUCGCUUCAAAGAAUUGAUUUUAUAUUCUUUCCUCGCAUGUCUGCUAAGCUUCAACAGGCAGCACGGAAUAUACGGCGAGACCUCUGAUGACCACGAACACCACCAUCCUCAUCUCGAGCCUCCACCAGACGACCACCAGCCACCGUACCACCAACCAUGGGCCGGCAAUGAUUGGGCGAAACUGGGCAGGCAGCGAAUCGAAAAAAUUUCUAAAACGGCCGAUAAUUUGAAAAGAAACAAAGCUAAAAAUGUUAUUUUGUUCUUGGGGGAUGGAAUGGGGUUGUCCACUAUCGCAGCGGCUCGUGUGUACAGGGCUCAGAGGGAGGGGCUAAAACACGAAAAAACCUAUUUAACAAUGGAGACACUGCCCUACGCAGGUCUCUCCAGAACGUACAGUGUCGACAGAACGACAGCAGACAGCGCAUCGACCGCAACGGCGUACCUCUGUGGCGUCAAAACGAACUACGGCACUCUGGGCGUCAACGAGUAUGUCAGCUUAGGAAGCUGCGACAACUACACUGAUGCCAACAGACUGAAGUCAUCUGCUGUCAAUUCCAUUGAUGCUAAUAAGUGGGUUGGGGUGAUUAGUACGACCAGGCUCACGCACGCCUCCCCAGCCGGAAAUUACGCAAACAGUCCGGAUAGGAACUGGGAGGGCAAAGUGGAUUCGAAAUGCAGGGAUAAAGUUUUAGAUAUCGCUCAGCAACUUGUUGUCGGUGAGAAGAAUCGAAAAAUCAGAGUGGCCAUGGGAGGUGGAGUUGAGAUGUUCAUACCGAAGAAUGAGUCGGAGCAUGGUCACCGGGGGAAAAGGGACGACAACCGAAAUCUCAUCAAGGAAUGGAUGGGUAUAAGAGAGGCGAAUAAAGAACGAUAUAAAUUUGUGAAGAACAAGAAAGAAUUUGACGCUGCAAAUCCAGCUAACGUAGAUUAUUUGUUAGGCCUCUUCAGCUACGAUCACAUGUCGUAUGAAGCAGACAGAAACAGGACCGAACAGCCAUCUUUGGCCGAGAUGACGAAAAAGUCGCUUCAACUCUUGAGCCGUUCCCCAAACGGAUAUUUUUUAUUUGUGGAAGGUGGAAGAAUAGAUCACGCCCAUCACGACACAAACGCACAGAGAGCCUUGAUAGACACGUUAUCAUUCGACGAGGCUAUCCGUGUAGCCCUGAACAUGACCAACGACAACGAGACACUCGUUGUCGUGACAGCUGACCACUCACACACUCUGACGUUGGGAGGCUAUGGAUUAAGCACAGAAUCCAUCCUCGGAUUUUCUUACUCGCGAGGGAAAGACGGGAAACCAUUCCUACAACUGCACUAUGCCAACGGACCCGGAUUCGAAGACCACCGAAUGGUCAACGGCAAGGAAGUGCCCAGAAAAAACCUCACCGGAAAUCCUGAUCUGGAGAACAUAGAUUUCCGUCAGGACACUGGAAUUUGGUUGAGUGACGAAACACACGGUGGCGAAGAUGUGGCAGUGUACGCAUCGGGGCCCUGGGCCCACCUUUUUGGGUCGAGCGAGGAGGAGACCCACAUCGCCCAUUCCACCAUGUUCGCUUCCUGUGUUGGUCAGUACAGCAAAGAGAAACAUUGUGGCGCUCGCACCCGACGAGGAUGAGAUAUUUAGUUUUGGUAAAUUGUACUGGGUGAACGUAGAUGUUACAUGAUAUACGAUGAAAUGUAGGAUGAGUUAUAUAGAAUUAGGGUCGAUGAGGUCGGCAGUCUAACAAACCUUAACCAACUCGAAAAUCAUUUAUUAUUUUUUUUUAAAUUUGUUUUCAUUUCGACAAAAUAAACUAUAAAACCGGUGAUAACGAUUGAAACAGUAAUAACAAUAAUAAUAACCAUAAUAAUAAUAAUGAAAAUAAGAGCAAAUCCAGAAACUUAGUUAACAAGCGCAAAAGCCACUACCGUCUCAACUCACAAGAUGAAUGAAUGACAAACGCGAAAAUAAUGACGUUUCAAAAUGAAAUGAGGAUUUGUAAUGCACAGGAUUGUGUCUUCAACCGUAAGUUGGAGUACAAUUUUUUUUUGUUUUUUUGUUUUUUUUUGGAAGAAAAUUUUUCAAAAUUAUUGUUUUUUCGAAUAAAAAAAAAUACUUGAACAUUA